AUGGGCUCUAUAUCGCCACCAACCUCUCUACGCGUUAUCGUGGUGGGCGGCGGCAUCUGUGGUCUCUCCGCCGCCAUCGCUCUUCGCCGAGCUGGCCACCAUGUGACCGUGUAUGAGAAGUACUCGGCCAAUGCAGAUGCUGGGGCCGGGAUUGUGGUAGGCGCAAAUGCUGCCAGGAUCCUCAAGCAGUGGGGUCUCGACAUGGAGGACGCUGGGAUGCUCAAAUACAAGGCCGGAUAUAUCAUGGAGGGCAAAACGCUCAAGGUGCUGGACUUUGUCUACGGAGAGGGCAGCCAUGUGAAUGACGAGAAGAGCAAUGGCGAGUCCAGUUAUAUGGCUACGAGAUCCGACUUGAGGUCGAUGUUGAGGAAGGAGGUCGAGAGGGACGCACAAGGAGAAGGUACUAUUGAAGUCCGAUAUGCAGCGGAGGUCCUGGAUUAUGACCCGGAAGUACCAGCGGUCAAGUUCGCGGAUGGGAGCUGGAAAGCAGCGGACUUGGUGGUAGCGUGUGAUGGGAUCAGAAGCAGAGCUGCAAGAAUUGUGAGCGACGGAGCCAAUCCACCAAAUACCACGGGAAUUUCGGCCUUUAGAAUGCUGAUCCCCGAUGAAAAGCUGGCCGAGGUCAAAGAGAAGUUUGAACACGACGACCUGAUCCGAGAAAAGUUCAACAAGGAGAACGGCACAAUUUGGUUUGUCCGCGGCAAGAACAGACUCGUUGUGUGGUGGACAUGUCGAUUUGGCACGAUUCAAGCGUUCGACAUACUCAUGCCCGACAACGAAAAUUAUGCCAGCAGCGAAGACUGGAGGGCCAGAUGCGACAAGCAGGUUCUCCUCGAUGAGUUUGGGCAUUGGCACCCACUGUUCCAGGAGAUUUUCAGGGCAGCAGAUGAUGAUCCGUUGUUGUGGAAGGUGUGCUCCAGAGAACCAUUGGGCGCCUUGCACAAAGGAAAAUUGGUCAUGCUAGGCGACGCAUUGCACCCGAUGCCUCCCUUCCGAGGGCAAGGAGGCAGCCAGUCCAUCGAGGAUGCCGGAGCUCUGGAGAUGAUCGCAACCAACCUCACCGACAAGUCCGACCUGCCGAAACGGCUCGAGAUAUUGGCUCAACUGAGGGUUCCAAGAUAUUCAUGUGUCCAGAUGAUCUCAACAGUCCGCCAAGACGAGGAGAACUUCGAAGAACGCUUUGUCGAGGUGCUGGAUCAAUGUCGAAAGUGGUUUGAGGAAGAGGAUCAAUCUCACCGUAAGUUGGAUUUUCCGACCGAGGAAAUGAGCGGUGCACUAAAAGACACAGUGACCAGCAGGGCGGCAUUCACACAGUGGCUGCAUUCUUACGAUGCCCGAGAAGUCGCACGGAAAGCCGUAAGCACAGCGACGUAG